AUGGGUGGGAUGCAACUUGCUCAUCUCUCUCUGCUGCACCCAUCGUUAUUCGAAGGUCUUGUCUUGAUUGAUCCUGUGAUUGAGCGCGGACAGGCCGGGCGCAAAUUCGCCCAGGCGUCCACGUACCGACGAGACCUAUGGUCCUCCCGUCCACAAGCAAUCGGGAAAUUCCAGACCAGUCCGUUCUACCAGACAUGGGAUCCCCGCGUGUUCGCGAAAUGGGUCCAACACGGACUUCGGGACCUUCCCACGCCACUAUACCCCAUUUCCAAGGAAACUGGGCCGUCCGCCGUGACCUUGAUUACGACGAAGGCACAAGAGCUUUUCUACUACAUGCGAUCGUCAUACCUCGACGAGCGAUCCGGUCUCCCUCGCGGCUAUCCCGAAGAAGAAAUGCAUCCCGACGACGUCGAUAAAACCUAUCCAUUCUAUCGCUCCGAGCCCGCGUGGAUGUUCCGGCGGUUGCCGGAGUUGAAGCCCGCUGUUCUGUAUCUAUUCGGAGAUCAAUCGGACGUAUCUUCGCCGAAGGUCCGUCGAGCGAAGAUGAAGAUUACGGGCACGGGCGUCGGAGGCAGUGGCGGCGCGGCUCGGGGACUGGUGCAAGAGGUCGUUCUUCCUUGCGGUCAUAUGGUUCCCAUGGAGCGGGUCCGGGAAAGUGCCGACGCCAGUGCUUCCUUCAUCGCCGCUGGGUUAUCGGCUUGGGAGUGGAAAGUUUUCCGGUUUCGCGAGGCCUGGGAGCGAGUGCCCCAUCAGGAACGGGUCAGCGCUGAUCGGCAAUGGGAGAGGGAAAUCGGUGCUUUGCCUAGAAGGUCGAAGAUAUGA